AUGACUGACUUGACCGGGACAUUGUCCUCCAUUCUGGUCGAGAAACAUUCCUCUAAGCCCCUCCGAGGUGUUCGCAACGGCCACCUCACGCAGAAAUUCGAUGCCUUUCUGAAGGAAGCAAACCAGAUUAAUAGAUCCAUCUCGUCUCUACUGAGCUAUCUAAGAUCCAUACGGACGCCGUACCUGUCCAAUGCGCCGGCACCGCGCCAUCCUAAAAGAACGGAAGCUUCUCAUACCAUCGCCGGCUUAGAUCUUCAGAAUCAGAAUGUGCCGGAGUACUUGAACGAUUCACAGCGCGAGGCAAUUGACCGGGAGACGUCGUCGGUGCUUCGAGAGAUCAACGGCAAGAUCACGGAUCUCUCCUCGGCCGUCAAUCUACAACAUGACACGGCCACCAAGAUACUGGAGAAAAAAUACGGACGACCAAACGGGAUGCUCUGGCGAUGGGCAACAGGCGACCAGGAUAUGCCUGAUGCCGGAAAGUCAGCACAACAGAUUGAGGAGGAGGGCCAAGUGCGAAUGCUGAAAAUGUUUCGAGAUGGCGUCCUCUGGUAUCUAGGCAAGAGGCUUAACGACGCCAUCUCAGUGCAACAGGAAAUGGUUGAGAAACGGCUGGAACGAGAGCGACAGAAGCAAUUGAGUGCCCUCUACGACCCCCGAAACAAAGGCGUGAGAGCCACUCUGGAUGUCGAGCCCACGGCGGCGGCAGAUGGUGGAUUCAAGGAGGCACUCCCGAAUCGAGACCUACGAGGGCACGAUGAAUACAGACCGUGGACCGAAUCUGGCCCUACGGGUCUUGAUCCCACUCAGCAAUUGUCGGCGGAGCAGUUACAGCUGUUUGAGGAAGAGAACAGAAGUAUAUUUGAGCAUUUCAACGACCAGCUGGCCAAAGUCACCCAGGUCGAAAAGAGUCUGAUGGACAUCAGCAGUCUGCAGCAGACGUUGGUCGGGCAUCUCAGCGUCCAGGGCGAAAUGAUUGGCAACUUGGUCACAGAUGCCGCUAACACGGACGAGAACGUGCGCAAGGGAAACAGAGAGCUCAAGCGCGCGAGCGAGAGAGGAAGUACUGCCCGCUUGGUGUUUUAUGCCACAGUCGGGCUUUGCUCGUUCUUGGUGGCUUGGGAUCUUGUAUUUUGA